AUGGAUAAGUUGGUGGAACGCAGGAUCAAGGCCAGAGGGAGCGGCAACCCACAGGAGCCGACCCAGGGUUCAUGUUCCGAUGGGCCUCCAUCUCCAUUUGCUGGCCAAGAAGCCCAGCAAGCGCAAGAGGCUCGCCUGACCCAUGAGACCCUGCCGGAGAGAACCAAUCUCGCCGAUGCAAAUGCCAUACUCUUUCUCAACGUCGCCGAUACACGCAUUCAGCUGACCGCCCUACAUCUGUCAGCCAUGCUCAAAGCAUCCACCAUCUCAGCGCUCCUGCUUGGGGACGACACCACCAUCAUAGAUCCAAACUCCCUCCUCAAGGUCAUGUCGUAUGGCAACGCUCUCCAGUUGACGCCACUCCACAUCGCCAUCCUCCGACAGUCUAAAACCGACAUGCAGCACCUCGCCCGGAGAGGAGCAGACUUGGAGUCAGUACUAGACCUCGACGCGGGAGGUCUCUAUGCUAAGCUGUCGCCGUUACAACUGGCGACCAUGGUGCGCUCAUGGAACAUUGCGCAAGCUCUCCUAGGAAACCACGCCGACGCGCAUGCUCGACACCCUUUGGGCCUUAGACGAGACUGUCAGAUUGAGGUCACACCUCUCCACAUACUGCUGUUGUCUGGGGAGGGCGAUGUACCAGGGUUAGCAAGUAUGCGGUCCAAGGCGCCAGCCAACAUCGAGCUACGGAUGGAAACCGACAUGUCGGCCCUCGACGUCGCUGCCGGUAUGAAUCAAGCUAGCAUGAUUGAUCUAUUCUCCGACUACGGGUUCGAUGUCGCUGCUGCCAGCAGUCAGAAGACGGGCUGGCUGCGUAUACUUGCUCUCAUGAUAGCCUCUGCCUCGGGAAUUGAAAUGCUGGGGCAGGCGGGCUUGCUUUACCUGCGAGAGAUUGACGACAAGAGCGCCAUUACUGUUGGCGUCCAGAUGGACGCUUACUUCUCCUCCACAGUGACGAUGAGUCUCACGUUUGAGGCUCUUGGCACCAUUCUCCACGUCGCAUGCGCCCUUGGCAACACGUCCAUGACACGUGCCCUUAUCGCCAAGGGAGCGUCCGUCGAGAGCAGAUGCGAUGUGAAUGCCGGAGAUACGAUGCAGGCAUGCUUGACUCCCCUUCACCUCGCUGUCUUGGGGCGUCACUCGCGUACAGCCUCUUGUCUUCUCCAAAACGGUGCGAGCUUGUCAGCUUCCGCCGAGUUUCACGUGGAGAAGACUGUCCGUGGGCAUGUCCUAGCACCUCACCUUGCCGAGUGGCUCGGGAACAAUGCCGUCUCGCGCCUUGUCGAGAAAGCAGCGGACACUGUGAGGAUCAAGGUCAAGGGAGACCUCGCGGCAAUCCAUCUCGCUGCUCUGACGGGGGAUCAAGAGACCAUGUUGACUCUUCUGAACCACGGCACCAGCGUGGAUGCACCGUGCAGUGCGCACCUGGAGGCCAAGCCGGCCUCGAAACAUGAACUUGACCUCCACGUCGACUUGCAAAGUCAGCUCACACCGCUCCACCUGGCGGUAGCCGUCGGGCGCGCGCAUCUGAUUCCGAUGCUUGUUCAAAGCACAGGUGACGUCGAGUGCCCGAUCAAGGUCAUUGGCAUCACCACUGUCGAGGUCGGAGGUGCGCGCGUGAAGCGCACGGUCGCAUUCACCGGUACCGCUCUUCACCUCGCCGCUGCCCUGGGAAGCAUUCAAACCAUCCGUGCCCUCCUUGACAAUGGCGCCAAUGUCCAUGCGAAGAGUGAUAAUGGCCGCACGGCGUAUGAGUGGGCCAAGACACGUGGGCACGAGGACGCGGCCAGCAUCCUCCGCGAGCACGAACAGUCCGACGCCGGCAAGCAAAGACGGCUCCUCCUCAAGCAGAGGUGGCAUGACGUGUUUUCAAGGGGCGCUCUCCACACGUCCGGGACUGUGGAGGGCAACCAGAGCACUGGGCACCUGGAUGGGGAAGAAGAGUCAUCGCAACGAGACACGUUCAGACCGAAUGGUGUUGCAGGGAUGAUUGCACGGUGGGUUGCCAAGAGGGCCAAGGACAGACGUGACAAGGCAAAUGAUGACCGGCUUUCGGGUGCCACUGACGAUGAGCAAGGUGUUGACUAG